UCCCCCGCACACCCGGACUCUCGAACAAAAGGGCAGAGCCCGUCCGCUGUUCGCCACGCGCGCUUCGUCUCUACCGGCGUCGGGCGAUCGAUGGACGGCGACGGCGCCUCUCGGGGCCAGCCGAUGCUGGAGAAGCGGCCGAGCCACCGGGAGCGUCACUUCACGGCGGGGGAGGUGGUGCGCGACGUCAUCAUGGGGGUGUCCGACGGCCUCACCGUGCCCUUCGCCCUCGCCGCGGGGCUCUCCGGCGCCAGCGCACCCUCCUCGCUCGUCCUCACCGCCGGCCUCGCCGAGGUCGCCGCCGGCGCCAUCUCCAUGGGACUCGGAGGGUACCUUGCAGCCCAGAGCGAGGCAGAUCAUUACAAGCGGGAGAUGAAGAGGGAGCAGGAGGAGAUCAUCACCGUCCCGGACACUGAGGCUGCUGAGAUUGGAGAGAUCAUGUCGCAGUAUGGGCUCGAGCCACACGAGUAUGGCCCUGUCAUAGAUGGGCUCAGGAGGAAUCCUCAAGCUUGGCUAGAGUUCAUGAUGAGGUUUGAGCUGGGAUUGGAGAAACCAGAUCCGAAAAGGGCCCUGCAAAGUGCCUGUACAAUCGCACUAUCUUAUGUGAUCGGUGGAUUGGUCCCUCUCCUGCCCUACAUGUUCAUCUCCACAGCUCAAAAUGCCAUGCUCACAUCUGUCGGAGUCACACUGGUAGCGCUGCUUUUUUUUGGCUACAUCAAGGGUCGCUUUACUGGGAACCGCCCAUUCACCAGCGCUGUCCAGACUGCUAUUAUUGGAGCGCUUGCUUCAGCUGCAGCAUAUGGGAUGGCAAAGGCUGUUCAAGCUAGAUAGUUGUUUGAGGCCUCAAGCACAUGGUUACCAAAGUUUCAGUAGGAUGCAAUAAAUUAAGCAAAGUUGUAAUAUUUCUCUUUUGGAACAUCUCUUUACAUUGUCUAGUUGCAGAUGAA